GACAGCAGUGGCAGCGCAGAAAGGGGAGCAGCAGUGCGCUGGUGAAAAAAAGGACAGAGAAACGCAAAACUAACAAUGAGAACGACGAAUGAACGCGUUGCAGUUCACCAGUAACGAAACUAUUAUUUUUAUGUUUAAGUCAGUAACGUAAAACCGUUGAGAAGAGUGAUUUAAAGGGUAGCAGCUGGCUAAUGCGAGACAGGGCUGUGUCAUUGAGAAGGCAGGACACGUCAAGACGAGGAAGGGAAAAACAGACACUCCUGGCUGUCGGAUUAACGAUCCCCUGUUUAAUAUAUCACAUCAUCAGUUUAUAUCAGGCUCUAUACUAUUUUUUCGCUGUGAUAAUAACUGGAACGAGUCUCAGUCAUCGCUUGGAUCAGCCCAUAAGGAGAUAGGAAGCAAGACUAACUUUUGGAGCCAGGUUGAACUGGAGAACAUAAAUGGGGGAUUACGGGUUUGGAGUCCUGGUGCAAAACAACACUGGCAACAAGUCUGCUUUCCCUAUACGAAUUCACCCACACCUGCAACCGCCACACCAUCACCAAAAUGCGACUGCGAACACCACUGCUUUUAUAAACAGCUCCCCAGCUGGGAAUGGCAGCAGCAGUGGCUCAACUUGGCUGUUCCCGGCAGCCACGGCUCACAGCAACAUGCAAGAUGAAAUCCUGGGUUUGGAGAAGCCCAAAACCCAGCAACAGGAGCUGCAAGAGACCCCACAGAAGCAGCAGCUGUCCCCAAGCCACCAGGAGAGUGGGAUCAUCUCAGAGCUUGAAAAGGCUCGAUCUGAAGAAAGUAAAGUUGAGAGCGUGUCGUCCGAGGGGACCAAUGGCAAGGAGAUGCUGCGUUUAGAGUCACCUGUGUUGACACCCUUUGACUAUCAAGAGCCCUCUGGGCUGGGAACGGCCACCCAGUCCAGCACCUCCUCUUCCUUGACCAGCUUCAACUGGUCGGCUGCUAUUCCCCCCACCCCUUCCACCAUCAUCAACGAGGACAUGGGCUUCUUCAACCCGGCAGCCUCGGCCAACAACGGACCUCUGCUGUUCCAGAAUUUCUCCCACCAUGUCAGCCCAGGCUUCGGUGGCAACUUUUCCCCUCAGAUUGGUCCGAUCUCACAGCACCACCCACCUCACCCCCACUUCCAGCACCCUCACAGCCAGCACCAGCAGCAUCGUCGAUCCCCGGCAAGCCCCCAUCAGCCGCCGUUCUCCCACCGCAGUGCCCCCUUUGGCCAGCUGCCUCAUAUCUCCAACAAUCUGAGCAAGCCUCCCUCACCUUGGGGCAGCUACCAGAGCCCCUCGCCCUCUCCCUCUUCUACGUCCUGGACUCCAGGUGGGGGUUACGCCAGUUGGGGUGGCUCCCAGGGCCGUGAGUACCGCAGAGGCCUGAAUGGUGGCAUGACGCCUCUGAACUCUAUCUCCCCGCUCAAGAAGACCUUCCCCAACAACCACAUGCCCCAGCAGAAGUACUCCCGCGCCAGCCCCGGCUUCAACCCCAAGUCCUGGAUGGAUGAGAGCAGAAGUGAGAACAUCUUCCCUUUCCAGGAUCGUCCUCGUUCAUUCGAUGGCUUCAACAUGCACUCGUUGGAGAACUCUCUGAUUGACAUCAUGAGGGCCGAGCAAGACACUGUGAAAGGUCGCCUCGGAUUCACCCAUCCAGGAGGAGACAGCCCUUUGCCCAUAAAUGCAAGGAAUUAUGGGAGGCGACGAGGACACUCAUCCCUGUUCCCCAUGGAAGAUGGCUUCCCAGAUGAGGAAAGAGCUGAUCAGGGUCUGCCCGGCCUCGGAUCCCCCCACUGCUUCCCUCACCAGAACGGAGAGAGGGUGGAGCGCUACUCUCGCAAAGUCUUUGUGGGUGGCCUCCCACCUGACAUAGACGAAGAUGAGAUAACUGCUAGUUUUCGUCGCUUUGGGCACCUGUUUGUGGACUGGCCUCAUAAAGCAGAAAGCAAGUCAUACUUCCCUCCAAAAGGUUACGCAUUUCUCUUGUUUCAAGAUGAGAGCUCUGUUCAGGCUCUGAUUGAUGCCUGUAUUGAGGAGGAUGGAAAGCUCUACUUAUGCGUUUCCAGCCCCACCAUUAAAGACAAACCUGUCCAGAUUCGUCCAUGGAAUCUUAAUGAUAGUGAUUUUGUGAUGGAUGGAUCACAGCCCCUGGACCCCAGAAAGACUAUAUUUGUGGGCGGAGUGCCACGCCCGCUUCGUGCAGUGGAGCUGGCGAUGAUCAUGAACAGGCUGUAUGGCGGUGUGUGCUAUGCAGGCAUCGACACAGACCCCGAGCUGAAGUACCCCAAGGGAGCAGGGCGGGUCGCCUUCUCUAAUCAGCAGAGCUACAUUGCUGCUAUCAGUGCUCGCUUUGUACAACUGCAGCAUGGAGAAAUCGAUAAACGGGUGGAAGUGAAGCCAUACGUCCUGGAUGACCAGCUGUGCGAUGAAUGUCAGGGGACUCGCUGCGGUGGCAAGUUCGCUCCUUUCUUCUGUGCUAAUGUGACCUGUCUCCAGUAUUACUGUGAAUACUGCUGGGCGGCUAUCCACUCACGCGCUGGCCGGGAGUUUCACAAGCCCCUGGUGAAGGAGGGUGGCGACCGACCCCGCCACAUCUCCUUCCGCUGGAACUAAAGCUGAUAGGCCCGGAGAUGGAAAGAGAGAUGAGGGGAGAGUAGGCUAGGGGUCGCAAACAAAAUCAUUAUCUAAAUAAAUGCACUUUUCUGUUGCUGGUUCCUUUUUAGUUUAAUAAAAAAAAAAAAGAAACGACACCAACAAAAAAUACAAUUAAUUUGUCAUUUAAUAUAUUUAAAAAGAAAAAAUGGAUGUGUUAUCCAAAAAAGAUUCAGGAAGAAAAUAUCUAAUCCAUCUCUCUAUUUUUUUAAAACUUCAUUCUAUUUCAUUUUCAAGUGCACAGAGAUUUGAAUAUAUUGAGUAUUAGUAUAAUUUGUCAGUAAGUAUCUGCAUGACUUUUAGAAUUGACUUGUUUUUUCUUUUGUCUAUUUUUUUUUUACAUUGCAUUUGGAAGUAUUACAUCCUAUUUUAAUUGAAUCAAAAAAGGCGUUAAACGAGAAAAGAAAAAGUGCGAGAUGAGUGAACUUGUUUCUUUGCCACCCAGAGUGCAGAUGUGGUCUAAGAUCUCAGUUGUUAACCAAAGCUUGGGAUUUGAUAACAGAAGAAGCUAAUUCUCUCAACUUUAUGUUUUUGUUGUUUUAUGUUAAUCUUUGUUUCCUAACGACAAGUGAUUUCACAACAGCUGUCUGGAUUUGAUCUCCAUUUUGCAAGACAUGCAAGAUAACUAAUACCUCAAGCUUAGCUGCUAGAUUAUGUCAUAUAUAUAUAUAUAUAUAUAUAUAUAUAUAUA